AAACGCCUCUUGUGUAAAUACAUUAUCGUGAGUCAAUCACAGGAAGCAAUAGCGUCUGUUAAAUCCCAUCGACCUGUGAGUGUGUCCGGUAAACAUGGUCAGCACGUUGACGUCCACCGGAUGUUGGCGUGUCUGUUAUGCGCCGCUAUGAAUCGUGCCGAAGAAGUGCAGCUGUUCCGAAAGUCCAGAGAAGUGUCAUUGAGGAGUAACAGUGGCGGAGCACAUGGUGCAAGGUGUACCUCCAACGAUGAGUUCGUUUUGAACGUGUUUAAGUCGAAUGUCGCGGACGGCCCUGGUACGUUGGACAACAGCAGCGACGAUGGGCCGCCGCCAUCAAAAGGCAGAUCCACUAGUGCCAUGGUCUCGGCCGGUAAAGAAGUGGUUGAGCAGCAGCAACUCAUACAAAGAGUACGGCCUCACCAUCAAAGGCGGAUGCCCAGGUUUGGGGAGGCACAUCAUCGACGGGUGCCGACGCCAAUGAAGAAACGUCGGAAACCGGACUUUGCCGAUCCGCCAACCCCAAGCAGUGACGUCGACGACACGGCCAUUGUCGAAGUGGUGGCUACUAGCGAUCCCAAGCCACCAGCUCCCGCGGGCGUUCCUGAUCCGUACUAUCCAAUAUACCUACCAAUCGACCAGGCAUUUAAGGCCAAGUACGUGUUUUGCCAGAGGAGAGGCAAGACUUUUCAAGAGCGGGUCUAUGUGUUCUUAGAACACCCUUGUGGAUGGAUUUGUUUUAUAUACCACUUUGCUGUGUUCAUGGUCGUUUUAGUAUGCUUAAUAUUCAGCGUAUUAUCGACAAUCGAAGAAUAUUCAGGAUUUGCCAAUGAAACGUUAUUUUGGAUGGAAAUAUGCCUAGUUGUAUUCUUUGGUGUAGAAUACAUGAUACGAUUGUGGUCUGCUGGAUGCAGAUCAAAAUACAUGGGCACCUUUGGUCGAUUUAGAUUUGUCCGGAAGCCUAUAUGUAUUAUUGAUUUGAUUGUUGUGGUGGCUUCAAUUGUGGUAUUGUCAAUUGGCUCAAAUGGACAAGUAUUUGCUACUUCAGCAAUCAGAGGAAUUAGAUUUCUUCAAAUUUUGAGAAUGCUUCAUGUAGACCGUCAAGGUGGUACAUGGCGGCUUCUCGGCUCAGUUGUAUUUAUUCACCGACAAGAGCUAAUCACUACACUGUACAUAGGAUUUUUAGGUUUAAUUUUUAGCAGUUACUUUGUGUAUCUAGCUGAAAAAGACGCAGUUAGCAAGGAUGGUAAACAUAGAAACGACUUUUCCAGUUAUGCUGACGCACUUUGGUGGGGAGUGAUAACUGUAACGACAAUCGGAUAUGGUGACGCAGUUCCUCAAACGUGGAUUGGAAAAAUAGUUGCUUCGUGUUUUAGUGUAUUUGCGAUAUCAUUUUUUGCACUACCAGCAGGCAUUUUAGGUUCGGGAUUUGCGUUAAAGGUUCAGCAAAAACAACGUCAAAAACAUUUUAAUCGACAAAUACCAGCAGCAGCGAUGUUAAUACAAUGUCUUUGGCGAUGUUAUGCAGCAGAUAAGUGCUUUAAAAGUCAAGCUACCUGGGAUAUCUAUAUAAAAGAACCAGGACAUCCAAAAGAUAACUCAUCAUUAAGCAAAUCUCUAAUUAUGCAAGUGGCUAAACGUGCCAGUGUUUUAAAACGAAAAAGAUCAAAAAGUAAAAUGGAUGCACCAAGCUCAACUACAAAUAAUAAUAAUAAGGAUUGCUCACAAGCUCAAAGUUUAUCUUUAUUACCUAAUCAACGAAUAGACAAUGAAGGUGAAGUGGUAUUUUACAUCGAAGAACCUAAAGCAAUAACUCCAAAUCGCGUGAGAAGAGAAGCUAGAGGAUAUGUUAGUCAAACAAGUUCUGUUACCGAAGCAGCCAGCGACGAGGUUGAUUUAGAAAUGGAGCCUGAACGAGUUACCACACUGACUGAUGUACAUAAAAAUGCCAUUCGAGCAAUUAGAAAAAUAAAAUAUUUUGUUGCCCGGAGAAAAUUCCAACAAGCUAGAAAACCUUAUGAUGUACGUGAUGUCAUUGAACAAUACAGCCAAGGCCAUUUAAAUAUGAUGGUUCGAAUUAAGGAAUUACAAAGGAGACUUGAUCAGACACUGGGAAAACCCGGCAGUUACUUGGCAGGAAUUGAUAGAGCUGGUAAUGUUAAGCCCAUGACGAUUGGCGCCCGUUUGUAUAGGCUAGAACAACAAUUAUCAAUAAUGGAUAAAAAAUUAGAUCAGCUUGUCUAUCUAUUGAAUGUUCAAACUCACAGGCAACAAUUUCCAGCCUUGGAAGAACAAGUGUAGUUUAAAAAUGAAAUAUAUUUUAAAAAUCUUUUUUUCUCACUACGUUAAGUUUAUUAUUAGACUUUUUUAUAUUGUUUUUGUCAAAAUUUUUUCAUGCAAAUUUAGAAUAUAUUUAGAACCAUGAAUGUUAAUAUUUAGAAGAAUGGUCGCCAAAAAUACUUAUAAAAUAAUAGUAUCGUGACUAAAUACUUUUAAGAGAUGAUCUCUGAGGAUGAUACUGCACUAUUUAUAAAAUUUUAUCUUGCAUUAUUAAUUUUUUCCUCCUAAAUCUCAUUGAAAAUCACUAUUUUUCUACGUGUCCAUUUAACUUGUAAAUGAUUUCAUAUUAAAGAAAUAUUUAAAAAUAUAUGAAAACUGUUAUACAGUAGUUAUAUAUAAUUGAUUCUUUAUAAAUCAUAGAAAUUUACAUUAUAUUUUAUAAUUUUUUUAAAUUAUUUAAAUGACUGGUGAUGAUUUACAUAGA